AUGUGGCAGAGCUCGGAACCACUCCCAUAUCCCACGAUUUGCACCUGCACAUGCCAACCGAAGUGCUUUCGGUUGCCGAAAAAGUGGCCACAAGAUCCUCACUGGGAAACCAAGACCAAGGACCUCGCUCGCCGCGGUCUGCGGCUGCGGGAUUUGUUGGACUUCUACAGGAUGUUGGGGAAGGAUGUGAUGCCUUCAUAUCAGCCUGACCUUCAUACAACCAAUGAUGUGGUGAGACUGGCAAUCAUCCCCAUGACUUCAACUUCUUGUAGCUCCUAUGCCCAAGUUGUGAACGGAGCUGAAGGUGUAACGCCCCGAAAGAUGGUCACCCAUACCUGGUCCAACCUCUUCCGUGACUUGCUGGCUAGUGUGGUGGCCGAUGCGCUGGAUGAACACACAUUUGAGCCCAUUGCAGAGCUGCUGUCAGAUGACGCUGGUGUCCACGUAGUGGAGGAACUGUUGCAAGCACAAGGGAGUAUCGAUGAGACCUACUGGAUAUGUGCCUUUGACAUGAUGGCCUACCUCUCCAGCUGCGAUGAAUCCUUCGCAGAGGUCGUGGCCGUGGACGCGUCGCUGGAGCUCUUUGGACGCGCCUGGUGCAUCGCGGAGCUGGCGGAGGGGCAACGGAUGGGCAUGGCGCAGAGCUUGAAGCUGCGGAACAAGGUGGAGGAGAUGACUGCGAGCCGUCCGGAGGAUGUUGAGGCGAUCCUCUCGAAGAUCCGCGCGGAUGUCGGCUAUGCCAGCUUCAACAGGAGUGGGCAUCUCCAGAAGUUGAUUUUUGACAAGAACAUCGGUCUUGUAACAGCUUGGAAGAAUGCCGAUGCUUUGCAACAGAUGGAAGAGCUUUCGCACGUCUUGAAAUGGGCGCGGUUGUCGACUGCUGUCACGGAUGCCUGGCAUCGUUGA